AUGAUAAGCGGCCGGGGACUCGGCCACGGGAUCCGCCCGCUGGGGGCCAUGGCCGAGCGGAAGCCGGGCCCCUGGGGGGACCCCUCGGGCGCUGGGGUGGACCCGCGCCUGGGGCCGUGGGACCUGGCCACCGCCUCCAAGCUGCCCCCCCGAAUUGCGCGUGAAGACGAGCUAAAACAGGACAAAGAGAGAGAGCAGGAUCCUGAGAUUCAGAACUGGGAAAAGAUGGGGUUGGAAGUGGUGCUGAAGAGCACACCCAAGGACCCCUACAGUGACCUCAGCACUAACUGCCCUCUGCAGGCCAAGGAGGAGGAAGAGGACAGCAGUGACCCGGGAGGUCGCCCCAAGGGGGCUUAUGAGACUGACAGCGAGGGAGACUCUGAUGCUGACCUAGAAAGGGAAGCACAGAAGUUGUCAUUGAUGCAGGUGCCCCGUGGGCCGUAUGACCUCACUGGCAGGGCCCAGUACCUGGCAGCCUGUGAGACCUACGGAGCGGUGCCCAUCUCCUAUUUCCUUCACCACAUGCACGAUCCUGAGCUCACGCUGAUGCACCGCGGCCUUGGGCCUCAGGCCUGUGUUGUGUUACAGGGGGCCCGAGCCCUGGCCUCAGCCUUGAUGUCCAACACCUCCAUUCUGAAACUGAAUCUGAGUGACAACGGGCUGAACGAGGAAGGGGCCACGGCGAUCGCCGGAAUGCUGAAGGAAAACUGCUUCCUCACAGAUCUUGAUCUGUCUGAUAACAAACUGAGGGCCAAAGGUGCCAAGGCCCUGUGUGCUGCCCUCAAAGAGAACACCUCUGUGCGGCGGCUUCGGUUGUCUGGGAGUGACCUCGACACCCAAGCUGCCAAGGACAUCGCUGAUGCUCUGAUGGUCAACACGAAGGUGGAGCUGCUGGACUUGAGCCACAACCUCCUGGAUGAGGAAGCCGGGGAGACGCUCGGGCCAGCCCUGGCAGAAAAUGUCAGCAUAAAGGAGCUUAAUCUCAGCUGGAACCACCUCCGCGGCCUGGGAGCUGUGACCUUCACCCGCGGCCUUGCGGCCAAUAUCUACAUCAAAGUGCUGGACCUCUCCUACAAUGGCUUCGGCGACCAAGGAGCGGCCGCCAUAGGGGAGGCCCUGAAAGUCAACAGCGUGCUAGAGGAGCUCAACAUCAGUAACAACCGCAUCUCACUUCCUGGAGCCCUCCGAUUCUCCAGUGGACUGAGGGAAAACUGUACUCUGAGGAUACUCCUGAUGGGCAGGAACCCCAUGCGGAGCGAGGGCUGCCUCGGCCUCCUCAGGGCGGUGCAGAUGAACCCAGACUCGGGGCUGGAGGUGUUGGACUUCUCGCACAUCCACCUCACCAAAGACUUUGAUGACCUGGCUUGUUCCAUGAAAGAGGGCUUCCCGAGGCUCCGUAUCCGGCAUGGCAGUCCCGCAGUCUAGACUGAGCGCCUGGGAUCAUGGUUGCC